AUCUGACAUCAGGAAGAGUUUCUCAAUGAAACAGAAAAAUUGCAGCUGUUGAUAAAUAGAUAAACAGUUUGCAUCAGAUCAUCAGAGCGUUUGUUUUUCUCUGGUGAGAACACGUAAACGUAUUUUUAACGAAUCCUGUUCCUGGGUUGUUUUAAGAGAACAAAGUCCAACUUCAUGCAUCUUCAUGAUCAGGAUGAAGAUGCAUGAAGAAAAUCACAAUCAGACCAAAAACCUUCAAUCAUAUGUUUACACGUGGGCAGAAACCUGAUGCCCACCGGUGUGUGUUGUUUUGGCUGAAAGGCAUUGUGGGAGAUUUUUUUAUGUAUGAACUCAGCAGAGUCAGCCAAGUGCUAAUACCUUUACUUCAUACACACACACACACACAGGGUGGGGGGGAGUGUGCUAUAAAUCCUUCAGCAGCUUUACUGAGGAUUUUCUCCGUAUUAACCCUGAGAACCAGCUGGAGAAUAAGGAAGGAAGGCGUGCUGAAUGAAAACAGAUCAUUUUAUUUUUUAUUAUAUUACUUAAAGCAAAGUGGGUGAGGUGAGAUGCAGAGAAGGUGGGUUUUCUCAAGCUGAUGCCCCCCAAAAGAAAAGAAAUCUCCAAAGAACAAAUCAGCAGAAAGAAUAAACGAGGAUGCACGAAGAUGUGUUUUGCGUGAAGAUGUGGACCUGAGAAGGUUUUCAGAGACGACAGCGUGGAUCAGGAUGGGACACUCCAACGUGCCUCUCACCUACAGCUGCUCUCGUCCACAGACGGACACAUGCAGGUCCAGUGGACUGAAGCCGUACACGGUCAGCUGCAACGACAACCUGAACAACGCAUUAGGGGCCAUCAGAGUCCUUGGUCUGGAGCUGAUCGAGCACGAACUGAAACCACAUCUGAACACGGUGCUGGCCGACAUUAAGGAGGGAAAGAAAGGCGCUGCUGAGCAGGUGGUGGUCAGCGGGAUCCUGCCGAUCCUGGCUCUGUCUCUGAGGACCAGAGGGCCCCUCACUCUGCUGACGGCAAAACUAGUGGCUGAACUCGCCAAGGAAUCUGUGGUUCGUAAAGGUUUUGGCGACGCAGGCUUGGUUACGGCUCUGCUGUCGGUGUUGAUCAGCACAGACCAGGAGCUGCUCCUUCACGCCGCGAGGGCCAUCUCACGCAUGUCGUACGACAGCUCGAAGCAGCAGGAGCUGUUACUGCGUCAAGGUGCGGUGCCUCGGCUCGUCGCCAUCCUUCUUCGUUUCCCCGACAAGGAGCCUCUGGAGGAGGUUUGCCUUCAGGCCCUGUGCAGCGUCAGCGGCAUGGGGGUGGCGGAGGAGGCCGGGAUGGUCUGGGAGAGGGGAGCGUCCGUGAGGCCGGACGAGUCGGUGUUCCACGGCGUCUCUCCUCACACGUGUGGCUUUGCUUCUUCUGUGAUCCUGGUGCGAGUGUCUCGAUGGGCGCCGGGUCAACACGCGGUCAACAUCGAGGUCUUCCAGCGCUGCUCCUCCUCUUUCUGGAGCCUUCACGGGAACCAGCGGACUGCUCGCUGGUUCCCCCUCUCCAGUUGGGAGAGUUGUUCAAACCUGUACAAGAUGAUCAAGUUCCCAGGGGGGAAUGUUCCUUGGACAAAAGGUCUGAAAACUCGCAUGUUCCACACUUUUCUCUGACGGAGGAAAUGAUGACUGAACUGACAAAACCUCUCUGAUCUCACCACUGAUCCUUGAUAUCCACCAACACACCAUGAAUGUUUACAGCCAAUAAACCUGCACAUGCACACUAGGAUUUCUUUAUCUGUGCUCCUGUUGUUUUGGUUUUAUAACAACGUAGUUUAUAUGUAUUUCCUCCUUAUUGUUGUUAUUCCUUGGCUCAGUUUGUAAGUACAAUAGUUAGCUUUUCCAACAUGCACCUACUUCCAGUACAACCCAGUUGGUGGCAGUUCAUUUUAACUGGUCGAGCUCUUAGGGGACGAUGAUGUUCUGUUUGGUUUCUGUGCAAAUAGUUAAAUCAGACAUAAGGAAAAAAAGCAAAACAAAAAAACAAGAAAACCAUAAUAAUGGUGUUUGAAAAAUUAUGAAUUUAUAUCCU